AUGUCAGAGAUGGAUCCAGUGUUCGGAAAGAGACUCUUGGAGAAUCCCGAAUACCUGGUCCACGGCGUACCCGAGGGCAUGGAUCUCGUGCUGAAGGGGGGAUACGCUUUCGUCUAUUUGAGAUUCGUGCUCAAGUGGUACGCUGCCGUCAUGGGCGUGGAGCGCUUUCGACAGUCAAAGAAUGUAUUCCUCACCGAAGCCAUUGGCAUCGCACUCCAGAAAUGCCAUCCUUGCAAGAUGAGUUUUGACCACAUUGUAAAUCGGCUGGAGGAAGCCGGGGUGUUUGGCAAGUGGUAUGACGAUGCCAUCAUCAAAGCAAGGAUCCGCGCUGCGCCAUCUCACUUGCUGAGAGUCAGACCGCUGUCCUUGAAUGACCUCCAAGGAGCAUUUUACUUUCUGGGCAUCUGCCUCAGCGCAGCGGCUGUCAUUUUAGGAGUGGAAAUAGUUUCCUAUGUUGUCUUUUGUUUUAGAAAGAAAUAUUCUAAGAAGAAGAAACACAGUGAUAAAACAUGGAAACAUCAUCCGAAAAAUAAGUUUUUUAGAACAACUGCCAUGCGUUAA